UCAAUAUCCGUAGUGGGAAUAUCACGGUUGUAGCAAACAAGAUGUUCGCGAAGUGUUUGCUAAUUUAUAAUUAAAUAAAAUUUAUUAUUUGUAUAUUCAAAACUACAAAAACGUAGAUGUGUUGAAGGAGACUUUUGUUUAUUAAAUAAACAAAUAAAUUUGCUUACACUAAUUUUAUAAUUCAUUUAUUGUGCCAAAGAUCAAACAAAUAAAAAUAAAUUCAUUCAGAAAACAAUUGUUGUUUCUGCAGUUACAUGCAUGCACACAUUUAAACAUUUGACCAUAUGUUUGUGUGUACAACGACAUCGACAUCGACUUCGUUGUUUGUUUGUAUAUAUAUUCUUAUAUAUAUGAACACAGUAUUGUGCAUAAACAGUGUAUCCUCCGAAAACCUCCUAUGCCGACGAAAAAUAUGAAAAAAUCGAUUCCAGACUCUUGCAGUUAAUGUCAAUUCAGUCAAUGCAGGAAAUUUAUGUGGAGAAGAGUAAAGCGAAUUUGCGCUAUAAUAUUUUUAGAAUUAUUUUUAUAUUUGUAACAAAAUGACGUUUUCAAUAAUAAUUUAAUUAAAAAAAAAAUUAUAUAAAAAUAAAAGAACCGCCAAUAAAUGUUUCGGAAUAUGCAAAAUUUCUUUGUUGGCUAAUGGAAUAAAAAAUAUAGUUGUAAUUGGACAAAAAUCUUCCAAUAAGAAAAAAUUUUAAGGAAAAGUGAAAAGGAAAUGAGAAAUACGUCUUUGCACUGAUACGACAGUAGCAGCAGCAGCGGCAGCAGCAGUAGGAGGCUAAACACAGAUUUGCUGAUGGAGACAAAAAUAAAUUUUUUUAUGGAUUUUAUUAUUGAAGCGAAAAAUUUGCAUGUUUUUAUUUGUGCUGCAAUUUUCAAUUAAAAAAGUAUACAAAUAUUUUUAUUACUACAAAGAAGCAAAAUUUUAAUAGCGUAACAUUAAGUGAAACCAGCAUAACUUUAAAAACUUGUAUAAAUUAUAACAAAAAAUUAUAAUGGCUGCUUUACCGGAAUCCUGUGCUAAUGGUGAAUUGCUCAUUAAUGAAAGCGAUUUGAAAACAACAACAAAACCCAAUGAAAUUGCAACAAACGAAACGGCAACAGUGCAUUGCAGUGACGACACCGAACCUGCAACAACAACAACAAUGAACAAAUUUUCUAUUCAGUCAGCGUGCAGUGCCGAAGACGUCAAGGAGACGAACACCGACUAUGUCAGCAUGGAAAUAAAUAAACCAGAUAAAUCACUAAACUCAUUUCCUGCUGAUGAGAUACCUGAACCUAUCAAAGUUUUAGAUGACAUCAUAUCUGAAUUCGAAGAAUCAGCUAAACCAGUUAUAAGCAAUGGAGAAAAUCAAUCAGAAGAUGACGGUUAUAUGAGCCUUAGUCGCAAAAAUGAACGUAAGAAGUCCUGCGAAGAAUUGCCACAAACUGAAAUCAAUAGCUCACCCUUAGAGGUACAUAAGAAGAAUAUUUCCAGUAAUGGUAUUGAGUGCCCUAAAAAAAAUAUUAGCAAAUCUACAGAUUCUUUACCGGAUCAAAAUAUAUUUCAAACUACUUUGCCUAAGGUUAAACCAACUGUUUCUACAAACUAUUCAAGUCUUCCUUGCUGUGGCGCUCGUUCAUCAUCUGUGGAUAGUAAAAUACGUGAUAAUUGCAAUGGAGAACGAAAUAAACUUGGUAUCGACAUUAGUGCAGUGCACAAUGCCGUACUACGUGGUGGCUUUGCUAAGCUACCUGAACCCAUUUUAAAUGAGCAUCCAGUAACAAUAUAUCCUGGUCGCUAUUCACCGCCUACAGAUGGUAAUCGUGCCAAUAGACCACAGCGUUUAAUAUCGUCUGUGCAAAAACAUAAAGAAGUCUGCCAUAUACUGAAUCCAGUUUCGUCAAUAUCUUCCACUUCAUCAUCCAGUUCAAAUAGUACAUCGUAUUCUGAUAAUAAAACAAAUGGAAAACUGAUAAAAGAAGUAAAAGUCAAAAGUAAAAAUGACAAAAAGAAAUAUAAUUGUGCAGAUGAAGAUGAUUACUCCGAAGAUUCAUUAGAUGAUCAAUCCUUAUCACCAUUAUCGGUUUCAAAUCAACAAACUCCUAGUAAACAAAUGAGCAUCGCAUGGGAAAUAUCUUUUAAAGACAGCAAAAUAAAAUCAAAGUUGCAUCCACAUAAGAAACAUGCCAGAGAGAGUGCGAAAUUUCCAAAAAGCCACUCUGCUUCACAUAGACAUAUCGUCGAACAGCCAUAUGUCGAUCAGUUACCAACCGCAACAAAGUUAGAACAUGGCAAAACGCUAACAAAUAAUUUAGGUCCAUCUUUAUAUUUAGAUGAUUUUGAAGAUGAUUCUUCCACAGAGAAAUUGAACUGCAUGUAUCGACAUUCAAAUAUGUUGGGCAAAGGCACAUUUAUUAUACGACGUGCGACUAAAAAGUCUCCUCCAAAAGCUGUUGAUAUAUUUAAAUCGACUCAGCAAUAUUCAGAAAGUGAAAGUUCAACUAGAAGUGAAGAUAAUGAUGAGUCCUCAAUUAAUGAAGUAUACGACGAACCUGAUCCAAUUAAACAAAUGUCUGCACCAUUAAAAUCACCUAGGGAAAGACUAUCCUUGAAUAUUGAGCCUCAUCAUCAAAAUGCUUUCCAAAAGGAUACUCGUGUUAGUCCACUUAUAAGUAGUACUGCAACGCCGCCAGAUGGAUUUACGAAAUUGUUAACUAAAGAAAUGUCAAGGGAUGCAGAUGUUUUACUUAGUACAGAAGAAGAAAGUUCUCAUGACGACUCAAGCAGUAGAAUCGAUAAUUUUGAUAUAGUCAAUAGUUUUGCUUAUAAAAACAGCAAUAAUGCUAUAAAUACUAAUAACAAUAGUGCCAUAAACAAAGAGGAAUUUAAAGACAUACAUACCACAAGCACAACUCCACAUACAGAUUUGGCACCAACACUGGAAGAAGAUGAGGAACAGUAUAGCGAUUUUAGUUAUAGUUGUGCACCACUUAAACAAAUAGAAAAUAACAUAAGUGCACUUUUACGUGGAGAAAUCGCUGUGGUACGCGUUGGUGAUGUGGUGCAACCAAAACGUACUUUAGAAUUUCGGCCCGGUGUACACAAAUCUGAAAGCGCCAAAGAGAUGUUACUUUCACAAAAUGCAUUUGGUCCUUUGCCACCUUCACCACCUUCAUCCAAUCCUGAUUUAUUUGAUUACGAUGCUUUACCCCCUCUGCCACCAUCUCCGACAGAUAUACCCACUGAUGGUCUACCUACACCUUAUGCAAAAACAACUACAACGGCUGCUGAAAUACAUAACCAAUCACCUGGUGAAGAAAUACGUACAAAAGACAAUAAAAGUUCAUUACGACGUUUAAAGGAUGAUUUGCCAUUAUCUCCCCCAACAUUCGAAAAUAUACCGCCUGCUGUACCACCACAUCGCGGACAUUCUGUUAAUACAAUAAAAUCAUGGUCAAUAGAUUCAAAUUAUAGAAAAAAAUCACCAAAGAUUUUAGGCUAUGGUAGUGGAAUCACUACACCAACUGGUUCACAAAUGCCUACUUGUGAAGCCGGUGGCUAUUCAACUAAACGCUACGUUUCUUAUGGUACUAAACGAAGUUUAAAACAAUCUCCACGCGAAGAACAUCGAUUGCAAACAUCUUGUAGUCUUCCAGAAACUCCAAUAUUUGCUAGAGGCUGUGACAUACCACGAACUCCAUAUAGACGCUUAAAUGAGAAUACAGUUAGUGGUUCUCGCACUGCGCCCAGAUCAAGUACAUCUCACAGUAUAAAUAUGGGCAAUUCAAUUGUUGGCAUUUCUGCUGGCAGUAAUUAUGGCACUGGCAUGUGUCGCCAACGUUCCAUGAAUCAUGCUUUGGCAUCAAAUGAAAUGCUUAGACUAUCUGGUGUACCUGCACGUGGUUGGUAUCCAAAACAACGAUCCAUGCGACCUGCAUCUACCGAAAAUAUUGACCGUUUAUCAUCGGUACGUGUUUGGGAUAGUGCUGCUGGCAUGUCUGGCACUGGCCAUUCAAGAAAGCCUUUAACAUUACCUCCAAAUUUGACACCAUCAUUUUUAAAUAAAUCACCACGAGAGGCUUUAAGACGUGUUACUAGUCUCUUAAUAACGAAAAAAAAAAAUACAAAAGAAAGGAAAAAUAAACCUCCUUAUAACGAAAACACAAUAGAAACACCGCCGAAACCUUAUGAAACUGGCACAUGCUCAUCCGCAAAGGAUGCGUCGCGUGGUCGCCAGCAAAAUACAGGACAACAAAAGCUUCAGAAGAAAAAAGGUCUUUUUAAAAGUUUUUGGAAAAAAACAAAACAUUUUUCACUAGAUCAGUAAA